AUUCAACAGGAUUUCAUCGAAUGCAUAUUGUCUCUGUUGAUGAAACAGCAUUUUAUUUUGAUGAAAUAUUACAAGACCAAGAAGAGAUUAUUAUUACAAGUUAUCAUAAGAAUAUGUUUGGUUUAUCUGAAUUAGGUAAGUCUAUUAAAGUGACUUUAUUAACCGAAAAUGUAUCGACAUCUAAUUCUCAUUAG